AUGUCAGAUAUAUUAAAUAAUAAUAAUUACAAGCCAAUGGCAACUGAAGAAGAUGAUCCAUUAUGUGACAAAGAUGUUGAAAUAAUUCAAGAGAUAAUUAUUCAAAAUGAUGAAAAUGGGCACAAUGCAAAUAAGAAUUAUGACCUAAACAAUAUAAAUAAAGAUAAUUCAAAAUUUAAAAGACAACUUACAUCAAAUAAUCAGUAUGGUGAAGACAUUCAAGAAAUUGGUAAUAAUCCUAUUCAAGUAUUUACCAAACCUGAUCGAAGUAAACAACAAAAACUUAACAAUGGUUUUGCAUACAAUGUAAACGAAAACAAUGAUACAAAUUUUACUGUUCGCAAUAGUCCACUAACAAAUAAUAGUAACGGACGACUAUUCUAUAAUACAAAUAGAAGAACAAGCAAAAGUAGUAAUAUGCAAAGGAAUGAUAGAAAUGUUAUACAUAGUCAUCACAAUAAUUCAACAGAACGAAAAAAUAUAUGUCAAAAUAUAUCAGCUGUUAAUGAUCCAUGUCAAAAUAAUAUAAAUAUUUCACAUCAAGCUUUAAACUACGCGGUAGAGCAACAUCUUCCGCCCAUUUACAUUCAAUGUGAUCCUAAAUUAACUGAUCAUCUAAAAGGAAAAGAAAUAAUUAAAGGAAUUUUUGAAUAUAUUGAAAAACGUUUUCGUUCAAUAAAUAAACAUUAUAAACUUCCAUUGGGUUUUGAUUAUUGGUAUAUUAAUAAGAAUGGUGAUUUAGUCUGUUAUACACGUCAUAGCGAACUUUUCGUUUAUUUAUGUGAUCCACAAAAGUAUCCAAAAACUAUUAACUCUGUUGAUAUAUUACCUUCAAAACCAAAACAUCUUCCAGGUGAUCAUUCUUUAAUUCUAAAAUAUGUACCGAACUACAUUACCUUAAAUGAUAUACAAAAAGAAAUUGGUUUAUCUAUUGAUUCUAUAUUUAACUUAGAAGAAGUUAAUGGUACAAAAACUGAAAAAUAUAGGCAUGUACGGAUGGAGAUUAAUUCUACAUUGGAAUAUAAACAACUACUCGAUAAAGGUGGAAUUACUAUUGAUUCUCUCUUAAUUCAAAUUAAAGAAUUUCUCGCUCCUCCACGUAUUCUUAUAUGUACAAGAUGCAAUGAUCCUGGUCAUAUUCGCAAAAAUUGCAGAUUUGAGUAUGAAGCUUGUCGUCGAUGUGGUGAAGAUAGAUCUGUAGGGGAGCACAAAGAUUGUACUAUAUGCUGUCAUCGCUGCAAACAACAACACAUGGCAACAGAUUUUAAAUGUCAAUACUUAAUCGAUUAUCGUCGUUCUCUUCUAUUUCAGCUACAACAAAAUCCACAACUACUACCACCAAAUGUACAAAUUUUCAUCCCAACUGAAUAUCGUAUGCAUGGAAAUAAGAGCAAUAGAUUUAUAACCAAUCCAUUAUCGAAUAACUCUAGUUUGAUGAAUAAUUCAUCAAAAAGUCAAACAAAUAAGAUGUCUUUUAACAGUAAUUCUCAUGCUUGGCCAUUACUUAAUAAUGAUCAAUUCAAUAAUAAUAAUGUGAAUAAUAUUGAUAAAUCAGCUGUUGAAUCAAUUUGGAGUGAACUAAAAAUUAAACAAAUUGAAAUCGAUAAAUUAAAAGAAAAUUUUGAUAUUAAAAUACAAAAUUUACAGUCUAAAUAUAAUGACAAAGUGAGUAAAUUAAAGACAGCAUUACAAAUUAUGACAGCUCAAUCAAAAGAUCAUAAUGAAAAUAUUGGAAGAUGUUACUCAACAAUGAUUGAUUUUAUUCCAUUAAUGUUAUCAACGCUUGAAGCAUUCAAACUUAUUACUUUACGAGUUAACAAAUCAAAUACAAAUGAUGAUAACAAUGAUGAUGUACAAAUUAUUAUACAUAAAAUUUCCAAAUCAAUUGAAUAUAUGAAAGAACAUAAUAACUUACUUAUCUCAAAUCAAAAGUCAAUUAACGAUCUUAUUGAUAAACAAGGUCAGCUUCUAGCACAAGCAGUCAAUAGUAUUUCGAUAAAUGAUGAAUAA